AUGGAUAGAGGGAGGACCAUCACCAUUACAAAAGAUGAACUGGAAGGUCAGGUCAAAACUCCUUUCCCUCCCACAAAUGUCCAUGCCUGCGAGGUGAGCGACACCUACGUGGUACUGAGCUGGACUGAGCCUGAACCCAGAGGCAGGGAGCCGCUCACCUUCUACGUGGAGCGGUCCCUGGCAGGGAAGAGCAGCUGGGAGCUGGCCAGUCUGGACAUGGUGGUGAACUCUCCGAGGUUCCCGGUGUUUGACCUGGUCAAGGGCAAGCAGUACUGCUUCAGAGUGCGCUCCAUCAACAAGUACGGUGUCAGUGACCCCUCCGAGCCGAGCGAGCCAAUCUCCUUGGGAAAGCCACAAGCUGUGCCAGCUCCUGCUCACUCUGUGCUGGCCAUCAGAGACAGAGACACCUCAGUGCUGCUGCAGUGGCAGGAGCCCAAAGAAAAAGAUGAUAUUCUGGGAUACUACCUGUACUACAGCGAAGCUGGCAAACAAGACUGGAAGACUGUUAACAACAAGCCUAUUACCAAAACCAGGUUUAUUGUGCACGGUCUCAAGACUAGAAGGGAAUAUGUGUUUCGGGUGAAGUCUGUGAGCCGAGCAGGAAACAGCAGCUAUUCAGAGGAGUCAGUCCCCAUCCUCGUCAAAGCAGCCAUUUGUGUUCCCUCUGCUCCCUCUGCCAUCGCCCUGCUGCUGUGCACCGGAUCAGAGAUGGUGCUGGGCUGGAGGGCCCCCACCUAUAAUGGGGGAGAUCCUGUACGUGGCUACUACUUGGACCAGGUGGAAAAGGGCAUGAAAACGUGGAGAGAGGUCAACAUCAAGCCUGCCAAAGAGCGGCAGUGUAGGGUUUGCAACCUGUCCAGUGGGCACUUCUACCAGUUUCGUGUGUUUGCUGCCAAUGUGGCCGGUGUCGGGAAGCCGUCUGAGGCCAGCGAAGCUUUCCUGUGUGAGAAGUGGACGAUGCCAGAGCCAGGUUGUACCUACGACCUGGAGUUCAGGGAGGUGAGAAACAACUCCCUGGUGUUGCUGUGGGCAGCUCCGUUGUAUGAAGGACAAAGCCCUGUCACUGGCUAUUUGCUGGAAAUCAGUCAGGGUGACCAAUCAGACGACUGGACGGCUUUAAAUGCCGAGCCCAUCUCUGACACACAUUACAAGGUGUCAGGUCUUCAGGCAGGUCAGACCUACCGUCUCCGUGUAUCGGCUGUCAACGAGGCUGGAGUGGGCUGUGCCUCCCUUCCCUCUGAGCCAGUCACAGCUCAGACUAAACCAGGGACUAAAAACAUUGAGACUGGUGUGGAUAAUGAUGGCUUCAUAUUCUUGAGCUACGAGUCUGAUGAGAUGAAUGAUGACAGCAAGUUCCUAUGGAGCAAAAACUACACAGAGGCCAUCGACGCCGGGAGAGCCCGAACAGAAACCAAGAAGAACAGGUCAAUCCUCACCUUCACCAACCCCUCUGAGGAGGAUCUGGGUCUUUACACAGUAGAGAUGAGUGAUAACGCCAACCUGUCAUCCAGCUACGACUUCACUGCUGAAGACCUUGAACGACUCAAAGAGCUCAGCUGGCAAGUCAGAAAUCCACUGAUAGCUCUGAAGUCGGGCUGGCAGGUGGAGGUUUCUGAGAAAGGCGACGUACGUCUUUGGCUUCAGACUGAGAGUCUGAGUAACGCUGCCGAGCUCCGUCUCAUCUUCAAUGACCGGGAAAUCACCAGCACUCCGCACCGUAAGAUCAACUUUGACAAGACCAAAGGUCUGGUGGAGAUCCUGUUUGACCAGCUCUCUCAAGAGGACGAGGGCUCGUACACGGCUCAGCUGAGAGACGGCCGCGCCAAAAACCAGUUCACUUUAGUCUUUGUGGAUCAGAAGUUCCGUGAGACGCUGGCGUUGGCAGACGCAAACCGGCAUGACCAUCAGAGGAAGUCCGGACCCUAUUUCCAAGAAUACUUGUCAUGGAAGAUAAAUGAGGAUUGUGAACUCAUUAUACAAUGCAAGGUGACAAAUACAAACAAGGACACAUCUCUCAAGUGGUUUAAAGACGGCAUGGAGGUGACCCAAGUUGUGUACGAGCAGUCAUCCGGGGUCAGCAGCCUCACCAUCUCACAGGUUACAAAGAAAGAGGCAGGCUCGUACAGAGCUGUGGUGUCGGAUAAGAGAGGAGAGGACGUGAGCACCUUAGACUUACUGGAUAAUGAGUAUGACAAUCUUCUCCAGCAGCUGAGCAAACAGUGUGCAUUGUCAGCCGGACCACUGAGCAUUCAAAGCACUGCUGAAGGCUUCAAGCUCUACAGCUCACUCAAAUACUACAUCAGCUACCUGAAGAACAGCUGGCACUUCAAGGAGAAGAGGAUUGACGAGGAAGCCAGGACAAAGACUGGCAGCAGCAUGCAGAAGGUCUGGAUUGAAAUCUUUAACCCAACCGAGAAUGAUAAAGGCAAAUACACCUUGGAAAUGUUUGACGGCGAAGAGACACACAAACGGUAUCUUGACUUGAGUGGACAAGCCUUUGCUGAUGCCUUGCUGGAGUACCAGAGGUUGAAGCAAGUGGCCAUUGCUGAGAAAAAUCGGGCUAAAGUGACAAAAGGUCUUCCUGAUGUGGUAGCCAUCAUGGAAGGCAAGUCUCUGUGUCUGACAUGCUUCAUCGAAGGUGACCCAGCCCCAGAGAUCUUUUGGCUGCAUAAUGACAGGGAGAUCGUUGACCAGGCCCAGUUUACCAUCACUAAAGAGCCAAAGUGCAGCUCCAUCACUGUCAACAAUGUCAAAAUGGAAAAUUCUGGAAAAUACAGCAUCUUUGUGCGCAACAAGUACGGUUCUGAGACGGUUGAUGUGACUGUGAGCGUGUACAAGCAUGGGGAGAAGCCUCCAGCGAAUGCAGUAGAGAUGGGUUAAAACUGCACAUUGAGUCAUAAAGUAAUUUCUGCAAGGAUGUUGUGAUCCUGAUAGAGAUUUUAAGAUAGAGAUAGAGCGCUACAUAGAUGGAUAGAUUCAAUAUACUCGCAGUAUUUGCUGCUAACUUUAGCUACAGUAAACAACUGGAUGUUAGUUAACAUUAGCUUAUACUAGCUAACAUUCACUACCAGCUAAGAAUGCUGACUUCUCUCUGACUUCUCUCUUUACUUGUGCUACUGUUGUACAACAUAUACUAUAUUUACCGUUAUCUGAUAAUUGGCUACAGUGACCAUUGUUCAGCAAACGUAACUCUCUCACUUCAAGUGCUCACGAAGCAGCUGUCAAACAAAAACAAAAACUACAGAAGCCUCAGUUACUGGACUGAGCUUUUGGUGAA